AUAAAAGUAUCGUUGACAACAUAACAGAGCCAGAUUUUCAGACGUUUUGCUUCUUUAAAAAAGGUAAAAAAAAAAGUACUGCAACUUUAUUUUUAAAGUAUUGUCAUGUUGUUGGGUGAAAAUGUUUUGAGUAACGCAAUGUUUUGACGUAAAAGUUUAAAGAUAUUGAAAAGUUACAGCAAACGCUAUUUGAAGGCAUUGCAGCGUAAUAAGGGAAUGUCGUACCAUCACUAUACCCAUAAGUCGUCAGAAAGAGAAAGGCACAUUUUCAUAUGUGGAGAUUAUCCUUUGACAAAAAAAAGAAAAAUUCCUCGACAAAUAUCUUUGAGGACAGCAAAAAUACUUUUUUUUUUAAUGAUUGUAUUUGUAAUAUGGAAUUUCUACGAGUUGGUUCAUUGCAAAUUUGAAGAAGUCAUUUGGCUGAAAAGGGAUACAAACUCCAAAUUGCGUAAAAACUUGUUUAUACGACAAUUGGAAAGUGUUGAACAUCCUACAACUGCUAAUCUAACUAAUCAAACUGCUCCAACAAAUGCUUUAUCAAAAUCUGACUACCCAGAAACCAGUUUACCAACCGCUGAUUUACCAACAACUAGCAAUCCAACUCUUGGUUUACCGACAAUUGGCAAUACAAAAUCUGAAACUUCAUUUUCAAUUAGGCAUGAGGCAGUUAUACAAAAAAAGCCUGAUACAAACGUGCUUUUUCUGAAGACACAUAAAACAGGUUCAUCUACAGUUACUAACAUCUUGCAACGGUAUGCAAAGUCGAAUAAUUUGAAUGUUGCUCUACCUAAUUGUGAUCACAGAUUUUGUUAUCCAAACAAAUUUGAUGAAAACUACAUUUAUCAACAUAAACCUGGAGACAAAUAUAACAUGCUGUUUAAUCAUGCCGUAUUUGACAAAGAGAAGAUGCUAAACAUCAUGGCUCCCAAUACUAAAAUGAUUACUAUAAUUAGAGAACCUUACUCGCAGUUUGAUUCCGCAGCACAAUAUUUAAACUUUAAAAAGUAUUUCAACUUAAAAAGUCAUUUACCUCUGCUAGACGAAUUCUUUCAAAUUUCUGAAGACUUUUUAAAAAAGUUUAUUCAAUCUGCAGACCAAACUGAAGGUGAAGGUGCAUUUUCUUUAGCAAAAAAUCCCAAUGCAUUUGAUCUUGGUUUCGACGUCUGGAACGAAUCACAUGAAUAUAUUGGAAGUGUUUUAAAAGCAAUUUCAAAAGAUUUUGAUCUAGUAAUGAUUACAGAAUAUAUGGAAGAGUCUUUAGUUCUUUUAAAAAAUGAGUUAAAUUGGAAUUUAGAGGACAUCGUUUUUUUCUCUCUUAAUGCAAGAGAAAUUAAAGAUAAAAAUACAAAUGACAUAAAAAGCGUUACAACAAAAAUUUUAAACUGGAACAAAAUUGACACAGCUAUUUAUAAACAUUUUAACAUGACCUUCUGGAAAAAAAUAGAAAACAGUCCCUCUGAAUUUUUUUCAGACGUAAAUACAUUAAAGCAGUGGAACAUAGACUUGGUAAAUCAUUGUUCCAGAUUUGAAACCACAAAAGCAUCACUUCUUAUAACAAGAAACUAUUAUGAAAAAGCACGAGGUAGUUUAUGCAACGAUAUUAAAAGCGAAGAUACUUCAUUUACGUUUUGGUUCAAGUGGGCAUUUCGAUAUAAAAAAAGAGGAAUUUUUCCACUAAGCUUCUAUUAAAAUAUUAAUAAAAAAUAACAGUUUUAACUUUUUAUAGCAUGACGACGAAGAUGUAAAUCUAGAGAUUUUACCUUUACCUUUUCUAUUGUAAAAACAUAAAUUUUUAUUUAAAUUAUUUUAUUUUAUUUAGUAAAAAAAAAAAAGGAAAUAUAAAAAUUAAUAAUAUUUUUUACAAACUAAC